AUGUAUUUCCUUAAGCUGAUUCUUUCUGGGGUCGUUUUGAGCUUCCUCUCCCCCAUAGCCGCCGUCCCUGUGCAGGAUAGUCCGCGCCAGCGUCUUCUUGACGGAAAGGGUUUACCCAUAAAGUACCGGACUGCAUCGUCGCCUUACACGCCCGGUCACAAAGAUAAAUACGACACCCCCGUUGACUCUGUCGGCGACAACCUUGAUCCAUUGCCGUGGCGUAAUGGUCUAGGAGCCUCCGUCUUAGGGCCAUGGAACGAUGCUCGUUCCAGACAAAACCCAGAUCUCGUGCGCCCCCCCAGUACAGAUCACGGAAACCUCGCCAAUAUGCGAUGGAGCUUUGCGGAUUCCCACAUUCGCAUUGAGGAGGGCGGAUGGACUCGACAGACCACGAUCCGGGAGUUGCCCACGAGCAUCGAACUUGCCGGAGUCAACAUGCGCCUGGACGAAGGGGUCAUCCGCGAACUGCACUGGCACAAGGAAGCCGAGUGGGCCUAUGUCCUCGAUGGCAGUGUACGUGUCACAGCCAUCGACUAUGAGGGAGGGAAUUUCUUCGAUGACCUGAACAAGGGAGACUUAUGGUAUUUCCCAUCAGGCGUGCCUCAUUCUUUGCAAGGUCUCGGCGAGAACGGAACAGAGUUUCUCUUGAUUUUCGAUGACGGACAUUUUUCUGAAGAAUCCACGUUCAUUCUGACUGAUUGGCUUGCACACACGCCAAAGUCUGUGAUUUCAAAGAACUUCCACCUGGCCCCCGAGGUCUUCGCCCACAUUCCAGAAGGGGAGAAAUACAUAUUUCAGGGGACCACGCCAGGCUCAAUCGGACACGAGGCGCCUACCGGAAAAGGAGUGAAGAAAUCCAAGUAUCAGUUUACACACAAAAUGCUGGACCAAGAACCGAAAAAGACCUCUGGCGGCGAAGUCAGAAUCACCGACUCCAAGAAUUUCCCAAUCUCAAAAACCAUUGCGGCAGCCCAUGCGGUUAUCGAGCCCGGUGCCCUCCGAGAGAUGCACUGGCACCCGAACGCUGACGAAUGGUCUUUUUUUAUCAAGGGGCGCGCCAGAAUUACAAUAUUCGCCUCGGAAGGAAAUGCCCGAACCUUUGACUACGUUCCGGGUGAUGUUGGUAUUGUUCCGAAGAAUAUGGGCCACUUUGUUGAGAACAUUGGCGACGAACCUGUUGAAAUGCUCGAGAUCUUCCGAGCCGACGAAUUCAGAGACUUUUCACUAUUCCAAUGGAUGGGAGAAACCCCCAAGAAGCUGGUGGUUGACCACCUUUUUGCCAACGACCCCGAAGCUGGCGAGAAGUUCUGGGACAAGGUCCGCAGCGCCGAGAAGGACGAGAUUACCAAACCGAACGCCGAGGAAGUCCAAACUAAGUCUGACGAGCUCUAG